AUGCAAUUUCAGAUUCAAUAAAUUCGUUAACAUUUCAGCUCCAUCGAUCGUAAAUUCCAACCUACUCCUGCUUUUGUAAUGACCAGACCUUUAUUUACAUGUCGAUCCAAUUCUCCUUCCUUCUAUAAGUUACGCUCUAAGACUCUUCUUAGUCCACUCUCAUAUUCUUUGGUGAAAAUUAAUCGUACACCUUAAAGAGAAAAUAAAUUUACUUUUAGAGGCACAGAUAAUACUCCUAGUAAGGAUACUCCAAUUAAAGAAUUAAAUGAGAUUAAAUUAACAAAAGUACAUUCAACACAUGAAAAAAUAAUGAGUGAAUCGUAAGAACGGUUCUAUCAAUAGAAGAGAUAAACAAAUAAAAAUAAUAAUAGUCAAGAAAAGAUAUCUCAAUAAAAUUAAUCACCUUUACAAUUUAAAAAGUUGGAUAUUGCAAAAGUGUAAGAAAAAUAAGAUAAAUAAGAAUUAUAAUUAUUUUCAAAGGAAAGCUUAUAACGUUAUAUACAAACAGAAAAUUAAGGAAAUUAAACAGAAAACUAACAAUAUUAAAUAUAAAAUUAAGGAAAUUAAAAACAGAAAAAUUAAGGAUAUUAAAUAGAAAAUUAAGGAUAUUAAAUAGAAAAUUAAGGAUAUUAAAUAGAAAAUUAUGAAGAUUAAAUAGAAAAUUAUGGAGAUUAAACAGAAAAAAGCGAAAAUCUUUAAUAAUAUUAUGAAUAACCUAUAUCUAAAGGAGGCUUUAAUAUCUUAAAUUAGAGCAAAUAAAAAAUGCAAUAAAAAAUAUCAGAUAAUGAUAAUAAUGAUAUAGAUAUUGAAUAAGAAAUCAAGGAUUAACCUGAAAAUUCUUAUCCAGAAGAAACUUAACAAUAAUAAUAAUCAAGAUUAAAAUUAUGGGCUUGUAAUGCUAAUGAUUCUUAUAAAUAAAUUAAGGGAAGAAAUAAUAAUCAUAAAAAGAGUUCCAAAAAAAGCCCAAUUAAACCACCAAAGUCACCAAAAAAAUAACAUAUAAUUUAUUAUAAUCAGAUCUAUUUAUAUAAGCCUAGAGAAAACAAUAAGUAAAAUACCUCUAAACUUUCUUAUAAUUCAUCAUGUAAGUAGAUCAGUCCUAAAAGGUAAAGCAAAUAGAUUUCAUUUAUUCUUACAACUCCUAGUAAAAGAAAUACAAGAGCACCACAAUAAUCAAAUGAAGAUGAUGAAAUUGAAAUCAUAAAUUUAGCUCCAGAAUUUUCUAAAUUUAUUUGA